UGCUCAUUGUAAGAAAAGUUGGAAACACCCCGUUCAGGAAGUAACCACCGCCACCCUACCAGCGAACACCUCCGGUACGGCUGAUUAAGGAACGAGGAUCACUUUGACAGCUGCCGUUGCUACCAGUGGAAAGACUUCCUCCACCCCCAAAAGAUAACCCCCCACCCCCGCACACAUGCUGGCCGUAAAGAAAGAAGGUAAUAUUAGCCCUAAAAAACUGUCAGUGCAUCCCUCCCCAGGACUGGACGUCCUAGUCGGCUGGCAAGAGCAGGGGCCUCUGGAGGAUGCGCGGGGUGGGCGGGGGAGAAGGAGUGCGGCGCUGCAGACUAGACAUGGGGACUGCAGGGUGGAGCGUGGGCGCCAGGGGUGUGGUGGGAGGGCAGGGGCAGGGCCUUGGGGAUGGGGCCGGGGGUUGCGGGGAGCGCCUAGGAAUGCGGGCACAGGGGCGCGGCGGCGGGACGUGGGUGGGGCUUGCGGGGAAGGCUCUGGGGCCGGCAGCUGGUCCGAAGUCAGGAAGUGAGGGCCACGGAGUGGAGCAUGGAGGACGCAGGGGCGUGGUGAGAGGGCGAGGGUGGGGCUCGGGGGCGGGGCGCGGCCGGGGUCGGGACGUGGGCGCCGCGGGGUGGAGCGUGGAGGGCGCGGGGGCGUGGCGUGGGCGUGGGCCAGGGACCAGGGGCGGGGCCAGGGACCAGGGGCGGGGCGGGGCCGCUAGGUCGCCGAGCGGCGGACUUGGAGGGCCCGGGAGGGGCCGAGACGCGGGCGGGGCGGACACCGGCGUGUGAGCCGCUCGUUGGUAUGUGCCCAGACGGCGGCGGCGGCGGCAGCGGUGGCGGCCGCCGCACGCGGCGACCUGGCCCCGGCCCCCUCCGCUCCUGACCAUGUCACCUCCCGCGCCCCCCACAGAGUUGGUGCCGUCGGAGCGCGCAGUGGUGCUGCUAUCGUGCGCGCUCUCCGCGCUAGGCUCGGGCCUGCUGGUGGCCACGCACGCCCUGUGGCCUGACCUGCGCAGCCGGGCGCGGCGCCUGCUGCUUUUCCUGUCGCUGGCCGACCUGCUCUCGGCCGUCUCCUACUUCUACGGGGUGCUGCAGGACUUCGAGGGCCCCUCGUGGGACUGCGUGCUGCAGGGCGCGCUCUCCACCUUCGCCAACACCAGCUCCUUCUUCUGGACGGUGGCCAUCGCCCUCUACCUGUACCUUAGCAUCGUCCGCACCUCGCGCGGCCCCGGAGACGGCCGCCUGCUUUGGGCUUUCCACGUCGUCAGCUGGGGGGUUCCGCUGGUCAUCACCGUGGCGGCUGUCGCUCUAAAGAAGAUCGGCUACGACGCCUCGGACGUGUCCGUGGGCUGGUGCUGGGUCGACCUGGAGGCGGAGGACCGCGUGCUGUGGCUGCUGCUGACCGGGAAGGCGUGGGAGCUUCUCGCCUACGUCACGCUGCCUGUGCUCUACCUCCUCAUCCGGAAGCACAUCCGCAGAGCGAGGCUGACACCAGUGCUUGCUUUGGCCACGCUGAUAGCUGCCUUUGGGUCAUCCUUCCAGUAUGGGUACAACGUGGCUGUUAUUAACUCCCCUGCCAAGCUCAUGAAAGCAUUUUAUAACGAGACCUACUAUGACAGAAUCAGUGAAUACAUAAGCGAAUUUUCCUUGACCUUGCUGUGGUCGGUUUCUGUGUCCAUGUUUCCCUUCGGAGGCUUCCUCGGCUCCCUCAUGGUCGGCCCCUUGGUGAAUAAAUUAGGCAGAAAAGGAACCUUGCUGUUCAACAACAUCUUUUCCAUCGUGCCUGCGAUCUUAAUGGGAUGCAGUGAAGUUGCCAGGUCCUUUGAGAUGAUAAUUGUGGCCAGACUUUUGGUGGGAAUAUGUGCAGGCCUGUCUUCCAAUGUCGUCCCUAUGUACUUAGGGGAGCUGGCCCCUAAGAACCUGAGGGGGGCCCUGGGGGUGGUGCCCCAGCUCUUCAUCACCGUCGGCAUCCUUGCGGCCCAGAUCUUGGGUCUUCGGAGUCUCCUCGCAAAUGAAGAAGGCUGGCCCACCCUCCUCGGGGUGACCGGGGUCCCCGCGGCACUGCAGCUCCUCCUGCUGCCCUUCUUCCCCGAGAGCCCCAGGUACCUGCUCAUUCAGAAGAGAGACGAAGCGGCUGCCAAAACCGGUACGGCUUUCCCAGGAGAAGCGACGCGGGUUGCGGCGUCUUCGCCGGGGGGCGGGGCGCGCGAUUCAGCCCCCGGCGGCCCCUCUGCUCCCCCCCCCAGCGCUGAGGGGCCUGCGCGGCUGGGACGACGUGGACGCCGAGACGCAGGAGAUCCGGGAGGAGGACAAGGCCGAGAAGGCCGCGGGCUUCAUCUCCGUGCUGAAGCUGCUCCGGAGGAGGUCGCUGCGGUGGCAGGUCAUCUCCGUCGUCGUCCUCAUGGGCGGCCAGCAGCUGUCGGGAGUGAACGCGAUCUACUACUACGCAGACCAGAUCUACCUGAGCGCUGGGGUGAGAGCACAGGACGUGCAGUAUGUGACGGCGGGCACGGGCGCGGUCAACGUGCUGAUGACCGUCUGCGCCGUUUUCGUGGUGGAGCUUCUGGGGAGGAGAGUCCUGCUCCUCCUAGGUUUCUCCAUCUGCUUCACCGCCUGCUGCGUGCUGACGGCCGCCCUGGCUCUGCAGGACACAAUAUCCUGGAUGCCCUACGUCAGCAUCGCGUGCAUCAUCUCCUAUGUCAUAGGACAUGCCCUUGGGCCCAGUAUGUACCCCAGAGCUGGUUCUGUGGUCUCACUGCCCCCUCCUGUACCACCAGCCCUAGAAACUUCUGGCCUGAGCUCCUUAGAGAGGCUCCAGGGAGGGGCGAAUUCGGCCCAAAUGGCUUCUCUGCCUGUGUUCUUGUGGCAGAGGGGUUUGGGCGCAGCAUGACUAGAGCGAGGACAGUAAAGCAGCCUGUGGAGGCUGAAACGCGGUGCCCGUGUGGUUGGCGCAGAGCGUCUUACAGGUGGUCAUGGGCCCCCUUUAGGGACAUCACAGGAUGUCGCCUGUUGUGCCCGACUCUUGCCAGGUGCCUUCUCACACUGCUGCUCCACGAGACCAGGAGUCCUGGAGACGCGCUGCUCUGCCUUGGGCCGGGUGCCUCUGGAGCUUGCACGGGCAGGGCCUCCAGGACCCUCUGUGGCUUGCUCGGCCGGCAGGGAAGACAGCUCUUCCUCUUCUCCCCCAGGCCCUAUCCCUGCACUGCUCAUCACCGAGAUCUUCCUGCAGUCCUCCCGGCCGGCCGCCUACAUGGUGGGGGGCAGUGUCCACUGGCUCUCCAACUUCACUGUGGGCUUGAUCUUCCCAUUCAUCCAAGUGGGCCUCGGAGCUUACAGCUUUAUCGUUUUUGCCGUGAUAUGUCUUCUCACCACCAUCUACACCUUCCUGGUUGUACCCGAGACCAAGUCCAAGACCUUCAUAGAAAUCAAUCAGAUCUUCACCAAGAUGAACAAAGUGUCCGAGGUGCACCCAGAAAAGGAGGAGCUAAAGGACUUUCCUCCCUCUACUGCGGGGCAGUAACUCGAGAGGAGGAGCCUGUUAAUCAGGUUGACCCAUCGCCAACCCCAAGGCAUGCCGGGCAGCUGUCCCUCAACCAUGCUGGGUCUGCCAUUGUGUGGCUCGUGGCAACACCGGCUCUUAUAAUGAAAACCAUUACCGCGGUGUCGAGAUGGAAGGAAUCAAAUGUGGCCAAAGAAACGAAUUCUUCUCCAAUCCCGUAGUCUUCCGGGGGCCACGGGCACAUGUUCAGGGUGGAAUCCGUCCUCUUGUCAGAUCCAUCUCCAGAAACGCUAGUUUUGAAAAGUAUAAUGUCACAAGUAAUGAUGUCUAGGAAUCUGGGAAGCGGGUCCCUAUGGAGACUUUAACCAAGUCAGAGAUUAUUGUUCCCAAAUUAUAUUAUUAGAGGACAAUAGAAUGGCCUCUGUAUACUCAAUAAAACAAAUGUGAUCACUUUC